AACUCAAAUGAAAUCAGCGCAGCAGGCGAGUUGUAGCUGACUGACUUUUCAGAGCCUGUAAAAUUGGGAACAUUUGACGGCAGCUAGGUUGUGAGGUGUAUUUAGCAUCAUGCCCAGUAUUUUUCGGAGUUUCUUGUCCGAUCGCUAUAAUGGCAAGCAGGAGCGAUUCUACGAGCGCUAUGAAGCUUUUUUUCAAGCCAUUCCCAACAUGCCACCGAUGCCAAGGCCAAAAACCAACCACCAUAUCAGGGCAGCCACAAAACCGGAACCCAAUAGCAACGUAAAGUACACCUAUUGUUAUGGUCGAAGUGAACCCAGCAGCGAUUGGCGGCAGGGCGACGACAUACCCAUUGUGGUCAGGAGGGAAAUGGAGGAGCGACUGGGCAUCCAACUGAUGAGUGUCCUUUCAAUUGCGGAGAGCUCUCUGGUCAGUCAUACCAUCUGGGAACUGAAAAUGCCAGGCGAAAGUUUCGGUUCGAUGCAUAGUACCAAAAACGACAUCAAGGUUGGCAUCAUUACGGUUUUGGCUGAGUCCACGCUAACCCGCUCGAAAUUCAUGCGGAAAAGACCCAUUUUGGCCAAUGUGAAUGUGCCACCAAAUAUUACGGAACUACCACUUGCCCAGCCAAAUAAAGUGGCGGAAAGGAGGCGAUUUAAGCGGGUUGACGGGCAGUUCGAGUGCAGGGAUUGCAUUAAAAAGUUCGAUCAUUCCUGGAUGCUCACUGCCCACAUAAGGACCCACACCGGGGAAAGGCCCUUCGUGUGUCCUGAUGCAAAUUGCCGAAAAGCCUUUGCGGAUCGAGGGUAUCAGGAUAAGCAGAAGCCAGAGAACACAAGACAUCCUCCGCCGUACGAACGUAUUUUUAAACUAAUUUUCCAACUGGGAGCAUUUCGAUGGCAUUUAACGUGCCAGCCAUCAAGGAGAUGGCAGGACACUGCUGCAGGAUCCGAAGGAGCAGCCGAAGCCGGUCAGUUGAGCCGUAAAUUAUUUUAGCGUUUCAAUUUGGCUAGAAGGGAGACGGCUGUGGCAGAAGCAGUCAUUGGCUGAAUGGGUCCCAUAAUAAAGAAUAUAUAUGCACGGACAUCUAUCUAUUGCUUAAAAGUUACCCAAAAUGAUGAGCGAAUAAAGUUGACUAAUUCAAUUGGA